AUGGUAUCACAAGCUUGUGAUUCUUCUUUCCGCUGCGAUUUUUCUCAAUCUUCUUCUUUCGAUCAAAAUUCUGUUUCUUUUCUGCAGUUUCUGCAACUUUAUUUGUCUCUCAUCAUGUCAUCUUCAAGCUCUAAUAGCAGCGAUCAUGGUGAAUCAUCUUCAAGAAACAACAAUAAAGGUUAUCAAACUGAUAUCCUAAACCCUUAUUUCAUGCAUCCAAAUGAGAAUCCUUCUUUGAUUCUGGUCACACCAUUACUCUCCAAUAACAAUUAUCACUCUUGGUCGCGCUCCAUGGCCAUGGCUCUUCGUUCUAAGAACAAACUGCAUUUCAUCAAUGGUGUUUUACCACGACCGUCUGAUCUUGAUCCAAAUUCCAUCGCUUGGGACAGAUGCAACACCAUGAUCAUGUCUUGGAUCAAGAAUGCUGUAGAAGUUGAAAUUGCUCAAAGUAUCCUUUGGAUGGAAAAUGCUGCUGAUAUGUGGAAUGAGCUCAAGGAGCGUUUUUAUCAAGGCGAUGUUUUUAGAAUUUCUGAUAUCCAAGAAGAAAUCUGCACAUUGAAACAAGGUGAUGCUUCUGUUUCUUCAUAUUACACAAAACUGAAAAUUUUAUGGCAAGAACUAGAUAAUUUCAGACCUAUUCCUGCAUGUGACUGUGAUACUACUUGUCUUGCCAUUACCAAGAUUCGCGCUUACAAGGCCAGUGAUCAAGUAAUCCGUUUCUUGAAAGGGCUGAAUGAUCAAUACUCUGCUAUUAGGUCACAAAUAAUGCUUAUGGAUCCUCUCCCUAGCAUUUGCAAAGUAUAUUCCCUGCUUGUUCAACAAGAAAGACAAGCUAAUCUUCCCAUUGAUGAGUCCAAGAUUUUGGUCACUCCAUCUUCUGAUCAGCAUCAUCGUGAUAAUCAGUCUAAAUCAUAUUCCAAUAUGCGUGGUAGGGGCAGCACUAGAGGAGGCAGAUAUUCUGGCGGCAGGGGCAGAAAUAAUCGUGUUUGCAUACACUGUGGCUUCAUCUUCAUCCACCUGUAA